AUUUGGAAUGACAGCAGGGUUUUGAACUGGAUUGGCGAGUACAUUUAAGCCUGUCAAUAAUACGUAUUACCAAUGUGUCAAUUUAUUUAUCACUAAUGUGUCAAUUUAUCUAUCACUAAUGUGUCAACGUAUGUACCACACCAAAUAUUCGUUGUAUUUUUGUUUGGUAUUUCAUUUAUUGCGUUCGUCUUUUACGUAUUUUAUUGUGAUAUUCUCCAUUUAAUUCUUGAGUCUUUGAGCAGUUAUUUUAUUGUAAAAUCUUAAUGUCACAUUAAAAAAAUACUACAAUUUUUUUUAUGAUGUUUAAAAUGUAUUUACUUCUUAUAUAAGAAAUUUAUUUUUAGACGCUAGAGCUGGAAUUAAUGUUAAUAGUAUAUAUUCGAUUUUCAGCCAAAAUGAGUACCAACCACAAUCCAGUCCAGCUCCUAUGCUUGAUACUCACCCUAUUCGUUACCAUAGUAACCACACUAGUUGUGUUCUCAUCGCUGGCCAGACAAUACAACUUUCAGGAACGUGAGUGGAAUAGUUCAACAUGUUGUUUGUUAGUUCGUUGUUGUUUUUGUUGGUUUCUUUAUUGUCUUUUCUUUAAAAACUGUUUGAUUUUUCUAGACUCUAAUUAUUAACACAGUGACUCAUUAAAAUAAUUAGGACAAGUACAGCAAACAUGGAGACAAAGUCAUAAGGAUUGAUGUGCUCAUUUGGGUUGUUGUUUUUUUCAAUGAGAUACUAGGUAUCAUAAACACACCUUUAAAGAUAUGCGCUCCUCUUCUCCUUCCCUGAAUUACUCAAAUACCCUUUUCAGAAAACCAAGUUUUAAAAAAACAGCAUUACGAAAAAUCGAAAUGCUGAAAGGCAUAGGGACAGUGCUAAUUGUGUAAAUAUUAUACUAUUGGGACGGGCAAUGAAACACGUGUGCAUAAGUUAUGACAACAUUUUUUCAAACUCGGGCCGCAUUCACGACCCAAUGGGCCCAACUCAUGACCCAUCGGGCCCCAUCCAUAGCCCAUUGUGUCCUACUCAUGACCCUUUGUGUCCCACUCAUGAGCCACUGGGUCACACUCAUGACACAUUGGGUUCUACUCACGACCCAUUGGGUCCCACUGAUAACCCAUGGGGCCCACUCAAAACCCAUUGUGGCUCACUCAUGACCCAUUGUGUCCCACUGGGCCUUACUCUCGACCCAUGUUGCCUCACUCACGACCCAUUGGGCCCUAAGCACGAAUCAUUGGGCCCUAAGCACGAAUCAUUGAGCCCUACUAACAACCCAUUGGGUCCCACAGAUGACCCAUCGGGUCCCACUCAUGACCCAUUGUGUAGCACUAAUUACCCAUUGGGUCCCACUUAUUACCCAUUAUGCCCUACUCACGACCCAUUGGGUCCCAUUCAGGACCCAUUGGACCCCACUCACGACCCAUUGAGCCCCAUUCACGACCCAUUGGACCACAUUCACGACCCAUUGGACCACAUUCACGACCCAUUGGACCACAUUCAUGACCCAUUGGACCACAUUCACGACCCAUUGGACCCCACUCACGACCCAUUGAGCCCCAUACACAACCCAUUAGACCACAUUCACGACCCAUUGAGUCCCAUUCACGACCCAUUGAGCCCCAUUCACGACCCAAUGGACCACAUUCACGACCCAUUGAGCCCCAUUCACGACCCAUUGAGGCCCAUUCACGACCCAUUGUACCACAUUCACGACCCAUUGGACCACAUUCACGACCCAUUGGACCACAUUCACGACCCAUUGGACCACAUUCACGACCCAUUAGACCACAUUCACGACCCAUUAGACCACAUUCACGACCCAUUAGACCCCAUUCACGACCCAUUAGACCACAUUCACGACCCAUUAGACCACAUUCACGACCCAUUAGACCACAUUCACGACCCAUUAGACCACAUUCACGACCCAUUAGACCACAUUCACGACCCAUUGGACCACAUUCACGACCCAUUAGACCACAUUCACGACCCAUUAGACCCCAUUCACGACCCAUUAGACCACAUUCACGACCCAUUGGACCACAUUCACGACCCAUUAGACCACAUUCACGACCCAUUGGACCACAUUCACGACCCAUUAGACCACAUUCACGACCCAUUAGACCACAAUGUAUAUAUUUAUUUUUCAUUCGUUGAGAGACCCCAUUGCCUGAUACAACUGUUUAAUAGUGACUCUGCCAUGCGUGCUUGUUCGAUCCAAAACAAGUGUUUCCCGCAAAUAGAGGUCAAUGUUCAUGGAUUGGAGUGAAACAGUCCUUGGUGGAGUUUAUUAUACAAAAAAAUGUUUAUUUACUGCGCAAAUAUGAAAAUAAUAGAGAGAGAUUGCAAUCAUUUUAGGUAGAAGGAGAAAAGUUAGGUAGCAUAAUGGAAAACCUUAACAAUAAGACGUAACACUUCAAUGCUUUGUAAAAUGUUGCACUCUCGGUUACUACAUUGCAGAUAUGUGUUUAUAUUUAUUUUGUAUAUUGCUUUUACUGUUGUUUAUUCGCUGAAAAAGGCUUCUUGCUGACAAGUUCGUUUUUUGUAUUUUUUGUUGUUGUUGUUAUUAUGCGUCCUUUUUCAGGUUUAACCAUAAUUUGUUUCACGUUUGUCCUCCUUACUGUGCAAUUACAUCUGAGGGCCAAAUGUGUGUACAUUGUAGGUCCAGAUACAUGGUCUCAGAUGUGUGUACAUUGUAAGCAGAUAUCUAUGUUCAAGAACAUUUGUAUAUCAUAGGCUGAGCCAUAUUGUCUCACAUUAAAUAUGUGUACAGUGUGAUUCAAAAUCUUUUGUGUCAUAUAGUUUUGUACACUGUAUGUCAAGAUCCAUGAUCUCAAAUAUAUGUAUGAUGUAGGUAGAGCUUUUUGGGUAUAAAAUGUUGUACUACUGAUGGCCCAUGUAAAUAGUUUCAAAUGUGUGGACACUGUAGGCAGAGCUCCAGGGUCUCAAAUAGGUGUAUAAAUAAUGCCCGAAUCUAAGAUUCUCAUGCGGUUGCACUAUAGACCAAGCUGUUAAGUCUCAUACAGCUAAAGGUGUAUUGUAGCUUGUAAAACAACUGUACGCAACACAGGCUGUUACCAUUAUGUCCGCACAACAGAGAAUAACUUGAAUUUAAUUUUUAAAUGAAACGCUAGUUUUUUUUAUACACUGGUGGUCAUGUGAUCGAUUUUAUGCAGGUGGUGGCAGGUGUAUAGCGGUAUUUUAAUGCCUCCACACCCAAGGGGAGUUGGUUAAAAUGUUUUUGUAUGAGACAAAAGUGUUAGAUCUCAACAUUUAGGAUAGUGGAAAAACUAAUCUCGAAACGAGGUAAAUUAAAAGGAAUGUAUAUGGAGGACUGCGUUUCAGCCGAUUGAAGACGACAGUGGAACAAGACAGAAACAAUAAAAAGGUCAUUUCGGCAUCAUGUCUUCAUCAGCAGACAAAUCACGAAACAAUAAAGAAUAAAGACAUUGACAUUCAAAGACUUUUAUUGUCGGAGAUUAUCGUCAUUAUCUGUUUGAAACGGCAGUUGCCGUAAUCUUUUGUAUAAAAACUAAAACGCAAUUAUUUCCCAACAGAUUACCAGGACGUACAUUCAUGGUAUAGGUUCUAUGCCAUUCUAUUUAGGUAUAGUUCAUAAGGAAAUCGAGAUUUUUUAAUGUUUCAAGUAGGAAAAAGGCAUAAAUUGAAGACUAAAAAAAAUUGAUAAUUUAAAAAAAAAAAAGAAGAAGAAAAAAAGAAAAAGCAGCAUAUUCUCCUGCUGAGUUGAAUUAGCUGACGACAGCAUUGUGUCUUAUAUUCGGACAUCAAGAUAAUUAUCUAGUGUAAAUGAAUUAGACAUUAUCAUUUUCUCAUCCAUAUACAAGAAAAAAAUCUCAUCUUUGAUAAUUGUUUAGAGUUUUAAAGCUCUAUUUCCAACUUCGUUUAUCUUAAAUUUUCUCAUUCAUUAGCCAUGUAUAUUGGCUUAAUUAACAGUUAAUUUGAAAUUCUUUUUCGUUUUUUUUUCGCUCAAGCACUUAAUCACUUCUGACGUCACAUUUUAAUCAUCAAUCAUGUUUUCCAAGUGCCGAUAAUACCUAAGUAGUUUUGUCGCAACCUGUACUUUACUCUCAUUCUUAGCAAAGCUGUUUUAAAUGAUUUUCCAGUGGGAAUCACAUGCAAUGCAUUAGAAUUGGUUAAAACAUUGGUGAGUUUUGAAUAUGAGAUCUACAUACAGCCCAACGUCUCAUCCUCAGCGCUACCCAAUCUGCUAUUACACGACCUGGAGUACGUGGCUACCACCCGGCCCAGCCCCAUCUCUCCCGCCUCUUGGAUCCAUCCCAUCUGGGUGGUCAUCCUGCUGUGGCAGCUGCUGUGGUCAGUCUACGGUAUCAUCUGCAUCUUCCUGAAGACGUCGGGCGUCCCGUUGUACACAAGCCCCGUUCUCUUCUCGGUGCCGGUCCUGCUCAUCUUCGACUUUGCCUGUGGAUUCGUUAUAGCGUGGUUCAUUCUCUAUGACAGUAAGUUCCUACUUUUUAAACGAAUGUGUUCAGAGCCAUUGUUUUUUUUUUGUUAACCAGGAAUAUUGAGGUCCUUGCUUUCACAUUGCGCAGUAAGCGUCUUUGCUUAUCUAUACAUGUACACAAAAGUAUAGGAGAUAGAAUGAUCAAUACAUUGAUCGUGGGGCUUCAAAAUAAUAAAGAAGAAGAUGUACCAUUCAAAGAAAAUUACUUGUAAUCAGUGUCGAACCUAGGGGCAGAGGGAAGGGGGCAUCCAGCCCGUGUGGCACUUUGGCAGGUCGGUUUUGUCAUAUUAGCAUUACAAUUUAUUUUUCAAUUUAAGAAAGUAAGUUUUGUAAAGAAUAUUUGGCGACUUAUUUCCUUAAAAAAAAAAAAAUCGAAAUGUAGUUCAAGGUUAAAUAUUUAAUUGAAUUUAAUUUUGAAAAGAGGUCUUUUUUUUUAAUUUUUUUUUUACAAUAAUUUCUAUUAACCAUUUUGCUUUCUGGUUUAUUAAGUAUUUGAAUUUCAACGUAAAGUUGAUGUAAUUAAGUUUUUUUUUAAUAAGUUCAUAGAAAAACUUGGUGCAAUGUCGUGUGUUUAACUGUGAGCCGAAAUAAAGAGAUGUCAAGUGCUUAAGUGUUUCCCGAUUUAGAAAACGCCACUUUCAGCAUAAGUUUACGCUGGUCACUCAUUCUUAUCAUUGUACCAUUUAUUGCCUUACUUUAGGUAACGUAAGGUUUACAAUAUUUCUGACCGAUUUCUAGGCUGUGACAUCUUCUAACCCGUUGUAGAUACUACUUUGCCAGGAAAGGAAGUAUUUUACAUUAUCAUUUGGAAAUGUGUAGUUUUAAUUUUAAAUGUUUGUUUGAAGUCAUCUACAAACAUGAGCAGUAUAAAACUAACACUUCAGAUUUUCCGAAAAUUUAUAAAAUGAACUGUAGAUUCGCCCUCGACAAUAGUUAAGGGAAAUCGGUGAUAGAAAUUUGUUGAAAAUAGCACAGAAUAAAUCUGAAUCCAAGCUCGUAUAAACUUAUAUUAAAACACCAUAAACCAACGAUAUACAUGUAAAACAAGCAAGAAAGGCAGAGCUAAUAAAUCACUAACUUCAAGCCAAUCCUACGACAGGCAGUUCAGGCUCUUACCAGCAAGAAGGCAGUAUAAGAUCUGCCCAUUCCUGCCAAAGACAAUCAGGGACUGGAACAAGCUUUCAAAAGCAACAGCUGAGGCGACAACACUUGACACAUUUGCGUCUAUUGCCUCAGGACUUCCGACCCUCCGUUCCUGAUACCCUCGCUGAGUAGUCCUUGCAACCAGUGAAAUAUCAUCUUCAAUAUCAGGCACAUAAACUUUGCUAAUCCCCUCUACAUACAUAAGAGCCAGAAUGAUCAAUGCAUUGAUCUUGGGCGCUUAAUGUAUAGAAGAAGAAGAAGUGCAUUUAUGUGACAAUAACUUUAGUUACCCAUGUACUGUGCUGUCACAACAUAAACAAUAUAAUCGUAUGCAGUGUUUUGUUUUAACCUAGGGAAUGGACUUCACCAAGUGACACCAUCACAGGGAUGAAACCAAAAAUGGAAAAAUACACAUUUAGCAGAGUUCCCUUGAGACGUUUCGUAUCCGAUUGUAGUUAAAUAUAAGAGCUUGGUGCCACCCGAAAAAAAUUACCGUCAUUAAUGGUUGCCACCAGAAUAGGGUGCCACCAGAAUAGGGUGCCACCAGAAUAGGGUGCCACAAGGACACGUUGCUACCAGAGCAGUAUGCCAACAGAGAAGAUUACUACCAGAGAAGGCUGACACCAGGGAAGGUUGCCACCAGGAAUGUGUUAGCCACAAGAGAAAACAGAUUCGGGGGGGGGGGGGAAGCCCGCAAGGGGUCUGAAGGGGCUGAAACAGGCAGGUGCGCCACUAUGGCUGGAGUGGUUAAUUAAACAAAGAAUAUUUUCCCCCUGAAUCCGGUAUUUUCCAGAAGGUUGCCACCAGGAAUGUGUUAGCCACAAGAGAAAACAGAUUCGGGGGGGGGGGAAGUCCGCAAGGAGUCUGAAGAGGCUGAAACAGGCAGUUGCGCCACUAUGGCUGGAGUAGUUAAUUCAACAAAGUAUAUUUUCCCCCUGAAUCCGGUAUUUUCCCAUUUGAUCUACUUACUCAUAUAUUGCGUUUCAGACGUUAAUUUAGGCUGGGAUUUAAAGCUGAGAAGUUGGUCACGCAUUCACAAAGGAGUAAACUUAAAAAUUAUUCAUUCACAACUGCAUCAAUAAAAAUACGGAUCAUAGUGAUCAUUUUACGAUUGAAGGGACGCAAUUUUAUAAGUUCGCCCCGAGCAUUUGGUCAAGGCUCGCCACUGAUGGCAUUUACAAUGAAUAUAAUUUAAUUAUGAACCAGAAAUACAUAAACGCACUCAAAAAAACAAACCAACAAAUGUACACACACAAAUUAUUACAAGUUAAUUAAUUAGACGUUAUAAAGUAUUUAUUAUUAUAAUACUCGAGUAACUGCUGCUAUUAUGCAAUGCAAUGAUUUAUUCACCCCAGGACUGUACACGUCCAUCUCUUGUCCUUUUAUUCUGGUCACUUCCUUGCUGACCUGGAUCUCCUUCGGGUUCUCAACGCACAGUUUACGUAACAACGUCUAUCGUCUAGAGAAGUCCGAGCGCAGGGCGGAAAUUUGGAUCCAUCGACUCCUAGUUCAGGUCAGUGAAACAGAUCAAUGAAAAGCUAGUUAGUGAAACAGAUCAAUGAAAAGCUAGAUAGUGAAAAAGAUCAAUGAAAAGCUAGAUAGUGAAACAUAUCAAUGGAAAGCUAAACAGUGAAACAGAUCAAUGAAGAGCUACUAUGGUAUAAGGCAGUGGACGAAAAACGAAUUAGUCAAAAGAGCCUAAAAUCAGCAGCAGGCUUUUCUUUUCAAGAACGUGCCAAGAGCAUUGUUUCUUCGGAGAUUUGUAGCCACUGGUAUAAGGUAUUGUUAGUGAAAUGUGAUUCACAUGUGCAAUGAAAACACUUUCGACUGGAGAAUAACUUUGUUUUGAGCUGUAUUUUGUUUAACGUUGGGGAGAGUUGCUCUGCUCAAUCUCUCUUGUUAGCUUGAUGAUCUCGCUCUUGAGAAUUUGAGCCAACGGCAAGACGACUUGAAAUAUACCAGGUUGUAGUGGAUUACCAAAAGUGUGUCUUGUGAGUUUCGCUGUGCUCUUUGUGUGCUCUAGGUUAAAGGAGUUGUCGGAAUUUGUAUUGCGUCAUUGUCAUACCGCCCGCAGGACUCCAUCGCCAGGAUUCAAGUUUGCGCUCUUGUAGAUGAGCUGCCUUCCAAAGUUAACGAGUCCCAUCUACCCGGAGUGCCGUCCAAAGUUAACAAGUCCUAUCCACCCGGGGUGCCAUGCAAAGUUAACGAGUCCCAUCCACCCGGGGCGCCAUCCAAAGUUAACGAAUCCCAUCCACCCGGCGUGCCAUCCAAAGUUAACGGGUCCCAUCCACCCGGGGUGCCAUCCAAAGUUAACGAGUCCCAUCCACCCGGGUGUCAUCCAAAGUUAACGAGUCCCAUCCACCCGGGUACCAUCCAAAGUUAACGGGUCCCAUCCAUCCGGGAUGCCAUCCAAAGUUAGCGGGUCCCAUCCACCCGGGAUGCCAUCCAAAGUUAACGGGUCCCAUCCACAUGGGGUGCCAUCCCAAGUUAACGAGUCCCAUCUACCCGGGGGGCCAUCCAAAGUUAACGCGUACCANUAACGAGUCCCAUUCAUCCGGGAUGCAAUCCAAAGUUAGCGUGUCCCAUCCACCCGGGAGGCCAUCCAAAGUUAGCGGGUCCCAUCCACCCGGGAGGCCAUCCAAAGUUAACGGGUCCCAUCCACCCGGGUUGCCAUCAAAAGUUAACGGGUCCCAUCCACCCGGGUUGCCAUCCAAAGUUAAUGGGUCCCAUCCACCCGGGUUGCCAUCCAAAGCCAUCCAAAGUUAACGGGUCCCAUCCACCCGGGGUGCCAUCCAAAGUUAACGUGUCCCAUCCACCCAGGGUGCCAUCCAAAGUUAACGAGUCCCAUCCACCCGGCAUGCUGGUGAUGUUUUCUUGUUUUCAUAUUUGUCUUUAUUUGUUCUUUGCUUUCAUGUUUAUGGCCAAUAACUAACUAAAUUUACAUCAGACAAAAUAAAAACAAAUGUAUCAAUAAUUUUCAUAUUCCACUUUUAAACAAAACACAAUAAUGCAUUAAUACAUACAUUAAUAAACAAAAAAACAACAAAAAUUUCUCCCCCCCCCUCCCCCCCCCCGCGCCCUUUCCCAAAUCGUGAUUUGACACGACGUGGCCUUCAAAACAUUCCUGCCUUUUGCAAUUCUCUACUUUGAACGAUGAUUUCCCUCGCUAAUAAACAUCAAAACUAGGCAGAGAAAUCGACUUAACCUCAGAUGUAGUCUUUAAAUUACCCUUUCAUCAAUAAUAAAAAACAAAAAACCUUAGAUGUUAUAGCAUUUUUAUUAUUUUGUUUCGCAUAGAUUGAUUUAACUUAGACAUUUUAAUCUGAUUUUGGUCAAACAGAAUGGUCUGGCCGCUCUAGCCACGUGGGCGGUGUUUGUCCUGGCCUACAAUAUCACACUGGCUCUCAUACACCACAAGGACAUCAAGUUUGAUGGAGACAACUCAAGUACGGUGAGUGCAUGCAUGUAACACAGAGCACUAUACACGUUUUAUUGUUAAGAUAAUUGUUGGGGGUAAAUUCCUGGUGGAAAAUUGUGCUUGAAUGUUCUAUGGUGAUAAAUUGUUUAUAUUUUGUAGGUUCUAUGGUGAUAAAUUGUGUAUAUUUCGUAUGUUCUAUGGUGAUAAAUUGUUUAUAUUUGUAUGUUCUAUGAUGAUAAAUUGUUUAUAUUUUGUAUGUUCUAUGGUGAUAAAGUGUUUAUAUUUUGUAUGUUCUAUGGUGAUAAAGUGUUUAUAUUUCGUAUGUUCUAUGGUGAUCAAUCGUUUAUAUUUCGUAAGUCCUAUGGUGAUAAAUUGUUCAUAUUUUGUAUGUUCUAUGGUGAUAAAUUGUUUAUAUUUUGUUUGUUCUAUGGUGAUACAUUUUUUAUAUUUUGUAUGUUCUAUGAUGCUAAAUUGUUUAUAUUUUGUAUGUUCUAUGGUGAUCAAUUGUUUAUAUUUCGUAUGUUCUAUGGUGAUAAAUUGUUUAUAUUUUGUAUAUUCUAUGGUGAUAAAUUGUUUAUAUUUCGUAUGUUCUAUGGUGAUAAAUUGUUUAUAUUUUGUAAGUUCUAUGGUGAUAAAUUGUUUAUAUUUUGUAUGUUCUAUGGUGAUAAAUUGUUUAUAUUUCAUAUGUUCUAUGGUGAUAAAUUGUUUAUAUUUCGUAUGUUCUAUGAUGAUAAAUUGUGUAUAUUUUGUAUGUUCUAUGGUGAUAAAUUGUUUAUUUUUCGUAUGUUCUAUGGUGAUAAAUUGUUUAUAUUUUGUAUGUUCUAUGGUGAUAAAUUGUUUCUUUUUCGUAUGUUCUAUGGUUAUAAAUUGUUCAUUAUUUUGUAUGUUCUAUGGUGAUAGAUUGUUUCUUUUUCGUAUUUUCUAUGGUUAUAAAUUGUUUAUAUUUCGUAUGUUCUAUGGUGAUAAAGUGUUUAUUAUUUUGUAUGUUCUAUUGUGAUAAAUUGUUUCUUUUUCGUAUGUUCUAUGGUUAUAAAUUGUUUAUAUUUCGUAUGUUCUAUGGUGAUAUGCUUCCAGGCUUUUUUUUUCUGGCUUUAAAAUAUUUAAGCUAAAACCUCUCAACUUCCAUUGAACGGGAUUCGCAUUACAAAUAAAGUAAACGAGAGUUUCUCUAUUACACAUUCCAAUAUCUCGGUGUUUGAUCCAAAGUCUUUGAUCUCGAUGAAAUACACUACUUCUAUAGUAUAUUAUGAUACAAAGCUUCAAAUCUCAAUAGUUUGAUAUGAUAUCAUUUCAUGUCAUAGCUUCAACAAUACGUUACGCAUGCAUUUUACAAAUAGUCACAAACAGGCUGUUUUAAAAAAAAAAGUAUUGAUCAUUUCUUUAGAUUCGUAGAAAUCUUGAAUCCUCUUCCAUAUAUUACAUCAAAGACUUGCAUUUGAUCACCUCUAUAUGUACAUUUUGGCCAAAUACUAGUUGCAUUAAUUUUUUUUCUAAAUUAGAAACCAGCUAUAUAUUCUAUCAACGGAUAUUUUUUUUUGAUCAAUAUCUUGUCAGCCAAAUGGUAAUUCUGACUAAUCGUGGAUGUUUGUUAAGUGUUCUAUUCCCCAUUAAACACAACCCUGCCUAUACUAAAAGGGAAACGGAGAUGGAAUUCGCGACUGAAGAAAGUGAAAAGCCCUACUUACCUACAAGGAUGUAACCUUACACACGUACUCUACAGGUUUUCAUGGCUGCAUAAACAAUAAAUGCCCGACAAUGUGCCAAUAAUCUUUGAUAGGUAUUUUUCGCUUCAUACAACUGGAUUCCGACAAUGGGUUUCUAGGGGCAUGCACGAGAGUAUCAAAAGGGUAUUUUAGGUCCACGCACUUCCAAAAUGCACCCCUUGAGUCAUAGACAGAUCAGGUUAUCACAAACCCGAUAAAUGUAGUCUCUGAGACCGCACAUGAUAAUAAUCCGUCUUGUCAUUAAUGAAAAACUUAGAUAAAGAGCCAACUUUGCAGGAGCUCGAAAAUCAAAUAUUAAAUGUUUUUGCAAAUAAAAAUGUCAUAAUUAAUCAUGAACCUUGAGUUAUUAAUUGUCAGGUGGUAAAGCAGAGAUUGGAAUGAUACAUUGUCUAAACCUUGUCAUUUAGAGAAUGCGCAAAGCGUAACAUCCCGUUUGUUUUGUGUUGAAAUAAGGACGAACUGCAACCAGAAAGCAUUUUUUUUUAAUUUGAUGGUCUAAAACUAAAAAUUAACAAUGUUUUCUUUUGAAAGGUUGGCCUGUCGGUCAUAGGAGCAUUUCAACUACUAUACUUACUACUGGACGUCACCUGUAUUGACAGAUCUACAAGGUACAUACUAAAUAGAAUUAUUAAUAAAGCAAUGAUAUAUAUAUAUAUAUAUAUAUAUAUAUAUAUAUAUAUAUAUAUAUAUAUAUAUAUAUAUAUAUAUACUGUAAAAAAAAUAACAACAUAACCAUUAGCAAAAAGACAACAUCUGAUAAAGAAAUAACUUUUUAAAAUAUUUUUUUUUUCUUUUAAAUUACAAACGGUAAAUCUGAAAUAGGCAUAGGAAGCAAUUAAAGAUUAAAAACUAAAAAAAAAAUAUACUCUCAGUUGAAGGUUCUCCUACACUUCCGAUCACACCUCAAUACACCCACUGUCGUCUGCUCUGUAUAUACAUUGACAGGUACACCGUGACGCCUUACAUCGUGUCCAUUGUGGCGCUCUCGGCCUGCCUGUUCCGACUCCAAGACUGGGUUACCGAUGACGUCAAGUUCAUCUACCUGGCCACUCUGCUGUGCUUCGCUUUCCUGUCGCUGUUGAUCAAGGCCACGUGCGUCGCGUGUCGAAUCAUGAGACCCACUUGUGGUGGAGGGGAUCUCACAACGAUGAACCAGGCGUCCACUUCUGAAACUGAAGCCCAUUAUUUACUUAAAUGAUUCCUGGUUUGUUCUGAAUACACUGUGCCUUCCAAUACUCUGAAUGUGAAUGUUUUAAAUUAAAGAAAAGAGAAGACAAAAAAACAAAAACAUUUCCAUUCGGAAUAUUUAUGAACAGAAGCUGGUGUUUCAAUUGUUUUGAAGUUAAAAUUGUCCAAUAUUGCUGAUAUUCUUUUUCAUUGAUAAACGAUUUGAUUUUUUUUUAAACUCAAGAUAUUGAAGUCGUAAAUAAUAUACUUUUCAAACAUCAAAAAAAAUAAUUUUAAAAAAAAAUACAUUAAAGAAAAAGCUGAUAAAGAAAACAUUUCAGAUUACACUUGAAUUAGAAUUUGUAUAACAUACUCAUACGGAACUAAUAUUUAUCUUUUUGAAUGGAUUAUUUCAAAGCAAAGCUUCCAUUUAUAUUUUAAAGUUGCAUUAUGAAAAAAUAAUGCUUUUAAUUUAUAUGAUGGGUAAAUAAAAAUGGAUAGAUUUACACUAAAGAAAGACAUAUUUACUAAAGUGAAAGUGGGUACUACAUGCCAAAAUGUCACAUCACUUUGAGUCCCCAACAAGCAUCUGAAUGUAACACUUCCAUAUCACCUUUUUUAGUUCCUGAGAAGACUAUGUGUAUUACAAAGCAGCUUAAAAUUUACAAUUUCUUUUUUUUAAAUACCCAUAAUAUGAGAUUACAGAUAAAAGUUUAAUAAAAGGUUAAUAGUAAAAAAAUUAAACAAUUCUAUUUGGCUUGCAAAAAUAUCCUAUUCUUAUUUAUAUGUGUUAUGGAUUAAAUUACAUUUGUUUGAUACAUAUGUAUCUUAAUAUUGAACACAAACAUUUUAUUUCAAAAUAAAAUCAAGAGGGUAUACUUCGUUUCCAUACUUUAAAAAAAAAAUUGUUAUGACCUCAUAGGUCUUCAUUGUUUAUUUUAAAGACUUAUCUCUAGCUAAUUAUAUAUGAUUAUAUGAAAUAUACAUUGUUAUAUUAUUGGGUAUGCUUUGAUGAUUAUAAAGUAUUUGUAUAGCAAUGCCUUAACUGUUUCCAUCAAAUUAAGAAAUAAAGAGUUAUUGAAAAUAUUGAAAUCUACUUCAAGAAACAAAGCUGAUUAAUUUUUUUUUUAAAUAUCAUAACAAUGACAUGUCUACUGCUACAAUGUUCUGAAAUGUGUUUUGAUUUUUUUUACACUAAACAUAAACAGAGAAAUAUCUGAUUAUAACACACAUUUUAUAAUAUUUUAAAACAUCUUGUUAAACAAAUGACACUUGUUUAAGGGGAUUACUUAAUCUGUUCACCAAAUGCUUCCGUUCAUAUAACUUCACCUUUGUAUUUAAAAACAGGACAUCCCUGUUCGUGUUCAACUAUUUCUGUUGCAAUAAUCCUAACGUACUAACUGUGGUGUACAUUUCUUUAAAUCUAGAUGCUGUGUUUUGACAAUAAAUUUCACAUCUAGUCC